AAUACUCCAUCAAAAUUAGUCUUUUUGCCAAGAAGAGAAAAUGGCUUUGGUUGCAGAGGCUUUACUCUCCGGUUCAAUCCAAGUGAUGUGCGACAAGAUUGCCUCCAGAGCGUUCAUGGACUUCUUCCGGGCAAGAAGAUUCAACCAUUCACUCGUGGACAGACUGAAGGUGACGUUGAUGACCCUCCAUGCAGUGCUCAACGAUGCAGAGGAGAAGCAGAUUGUCAACCCUGCCGUCGAAAUGUGGCUUGACGAGCUCAAAGAUGCUGUGUUCGAUGCCGAGGACUUGGUGGAUGAGAUUGAUACUAAAGCUUUGCAUCACAAGGCGAAAGAUCAGACUGGGACAACCCAGGUGUGGAACAUCCUUUCUACCUCUCUUAAUCCUUUUAAUUAUAAAGGCUUGAAUGGUAGAUUAGAAAAUUUAUUCAACAAGUUGGAACACCUUGCAAAACAAAAAGAUAUCCUCGGUCUUAGAGGAGGUGUUGGGGGCAAGGUUUCACAAAGAAAUCCCACAACUUCUGUUGUUGAGGAAGGAUUUUGUACCUAUGGUAGGGAUGGAGACAAAGAAAAGUUAAAAGCUCUACUGCUGCUCUCUGACAAUGAAAGUAGCAGUAAUUUUUCUGUAGUCCCUAUAGUCGGAAUGGGUGGGGUUGGAAAGACAACUCUUGCUCAAGUCCUUUACAAUGAUGAACAAGUUAAAGAGCACUUUGAUAUGAAUGCUUGGGUUUGUGUUUCCGAACAGUACGAUGCUUUGAGGGUGAUUAAGACCCUUAUUGAGCAAAUCACUGAGAAAUCUUGUGAUGUCUCAGAUAUGAAUUCCCUUGAAAUUCGACUAAGGGAACAAGUAAGGGGAAAGACAUUUUUAUUUGUCCUGGAUGACCUUUGGAAUGAGAGCUAUGGUGACUGGGAUCGGAUACGAACUCUUUUCACGUAUGGGGCGAAGGGAAGCAAGGUCAUUGUAACAACAAGGAGUAAACGUGUUGCAUCCAUCGUGCACAAUACCAUUCCAAUUCACGACUUAGAAAAAUUGUCUGAGGAGGAUUGCUGGUUGCUACUGAAAAAACAUGCAUUUAGAAAUGAAAACCCCACUGCACAUCCAGACUUGGAAGAAGUUGGUAAGAAAAUUGCACGUAAAUGCAACGGUUUGCCUUUAGCUUCAAAAACACUAGGGGGUCUCUUAGGUUGUAACCUAGACUAUAAGGAAUGGAAUCACAUACUGGAUAGCAAUCUUUGGGAUCUACCACACGCUAAUGGUGUUCUUCCUUCUCUAAAAUUGAGUUACCAUUAUCUUCCAACUUACUUGAAACGAUGCUUUGCUUAUUGCUCAAUUUUCCCAAAGGACUAUGAAUUUGAUAAGGAAAAUGUAAUUCUAUUAUGGGUGGCAGAAGGUUUAAUUCCACAACCAGAGAGCGAGAAAGCAAUGGAAGAGGUUGGUGAAAGAUACUUUGAUGAACUGUUAUCGCGAUCACUAUUUCAAAGACCAAGAUUGGAUCAACCAAAAUUCACUAUGCAUGAUCUCAUCAAUGACUUGGCUAUGUCUUUGUCUAGAAAAUUUUGUUAUAGGUUGGAUCAGGAAAAUUCACAUGAAGUUCCUAAAAGAGUUCGCCAUUGGUCUUAUAUGAGAGGAAAAUUUGAUACAACUCCAAAAUUUAAGCCAUUAGAUGGAGUUACAUGUUUGCGUGCCUUCUUGCCAAUGUCUUUAUCACCAUAUAAUAGCCGGGGAAAUGUAAGUAAUAAGGUUCUUGAUAAAUUACUGCCAGCACAAAAAUGUUUACGGGCAUUUUCAUUGUCAAAAUAUGAUAAUAUCAGUCGCUUACCUGAUUCCAUUGGUAAACAAACACAUUUGCGCUACAUUGAUCUCUCUUACACGAAAAUUAAAAGGUUACCAAAUAGAGUGUGUACUCUUUAUAAUUUACAAACUCUAUUGUUGUUAGGCUGUUUUUCUCUUGUUGAAUUGCCUACAGACAUGAGGAAAUUGAUUCAUUUGCGUCAUCUUGAUAUUAGUGGAACUAAAAUAAAAGCGAUGCCGGUGCAAAUGGGUAAACUAAGAAGUUUGAGAACGCUUACUGCUUUUGUGUUGGGGAAAUCUACUGGGUCAAGUAUUGGAGAACUGAGGGAGUUGUCGCACCUUCGAGGAAAAAUUUCUAUCUUGAAUCUGCGAAAUGUAGUCGGUCCUAUUGAUGCCUUGCUGAAGGAUAAGAAAGAUCUCAAUGAGGUAGAGUUGUCAUGGGGUAGCGUGGUUUCCGACGAUUCCGUAAAAGAGAGACAAGUACUUGAAAGCCUUCAACCUUCUGUAAAACUGGUGAAACUGACCAUCAGGUCUUAUGGUGGAACCAGUUUCCCGAAUUGGGUGGGAGACUCGUCCUUCUCCAACUUACAAGUGAUGCGUCUGAUUGAUUGUAGUAAAUGUAGUUCUCUGCCACCAGUUGGUCAGCUACCUGCUCUGAAAGAGCUCUACGUAGAAAGGAUGGAAUUUGUUACGAGUGUUAGUGUUGAAUUCUAUGGGGGAAAUCAACCAUUUCCAUCUUUAGAGAAGCUAGAGUUUAUGGAUAUGCCAGCGUGGGAGGAAUGGGUGCCAAGUCCAAGUGGAGGUGAAAGUCCAGAUUUUCCUCGUCUUAAGAACCUGACUUUAAUAAAUUGUGAGAAGCUCAGAGGAAACUUGCCCCCUCAUCUUCCUUCCUUGAAAAUACUUUGGGUGUCCAACUGUGAGGUUCUACAUGAAAACAGAGCCAGUAAUGUUCUGAACAUGGAAUCCUUACGACCAUCUCUUGAAGAAGUGCAAAUAAGAGGAUGCCCGGGUCUCUCAUUGCUACUAAAGACGACGGAGACGCUGCCGUCGCUUCAGAUGCUCCAUAUUAAUCUUGUUGGGACAGGGACACAGUGGUUGCCGCAAAUGUUGCACAACAGCAAUCGUCUUCAAAGUUUGACUCUAUAUAGUUGUUCCUCACUCUUGUCGUUGCCUUCAAAUGGUCUGCCCGCCACGCUCACGUCACUCCGUAUAGAGCAUUGCAAGAAAUUAGAAUUCCUAUCGCCUGAGAUGAUGGCCCAAUUGACUUCCCUUCAGUCUUUGGAUCUAUUCAAUAGCUGUGAUUCUCUGAGGUCCUUCCCUUUGGGCAUUUUCCCCAAACUUUCAUCUCUCGAUAUCGAUGGUUGUCAGAAUCUGGAAUCCCUUUCUGUUGAAGAAGGAGCACAUGAAAAUCUCAACCAUCUCAACACCCUGGAUAUCAGUUACUGUCCAAAUUUUGUCUCUUUUCCCAACGGAGGACUGCCCACUCCCAACCUGACUGCCAUUAGAGUCGCUGGAUGCGAGAAUUUGAAGUUGUUGCCGGACCGAAUGCACACCCUCACCGCCCUUCAACGUGUUUGGAUACAAAAUCUUCCAAAUGUGGUGUCAUUUGCACAAGGGGGUUUGCCUCCCAACCUACAUACAUUUUAUUGUAUCGGCAGAAGCCGGGAAGUGCUGGAGACGUUGCUUAAUGAACAGCUACUCCCCGCCACUCUUCACACUCUCGAUAUCUCUUAUGUAUCGAAUCUGAAAUCUUUGGACGGGAAGGGACUUGAGCACCUCACUUCUCUUCAAGAGCUCCGAAUUUCAUGCUGCGAGAGUCUCGAAUUCCUACCAAAAGAGGGUUUGCCGGCAUCUCUUUCUUAUCUGAUCAUCUGGCGUUGUCCUACACUGAAGAAGGCAAAAUAUUGGAGAAACAUAUCUCGCAUUCCCUGCAUAAAGAUAGAUGACCAAGUCAUCAUCCAAUGAGCUUUCAUUUCACUCUCUCCAACUCUCAACUCUCGAGAAAAAGCCAGGUAGGUUGUGUUUGCUUGAAUGUGAGUACGUACAUUACGUUACUAGAUAAGGAGGCUGGUUGUUGUGGUAUAGAUUUCACCAGUGGAACAUUGCGGAUCAGCUGUAAAUUCAAGCAAAUAGAGUUAACCGGUAAAGACAGGAUCAUCAAACGUUGCUCUGGUUUUCUGGACUAUCAAGUUUGAAAUCUUUGGACGGAAGUGGACUUUCAACACCUCCUGGUCUCCCAAUUCCUGCCAGGAUAGGGACCUCUAGACCUCAGCUCUCGUCAACAGCUAUAUAAAGAUUGAAUGUAUGUGGGACUUCAUCGGUCCAGAGAAAAAACUAUUGAUAACGAUGUCAGAUUACAUCAACAACUCAGGUACUUAUGUAUAUAUAUACUGCUGUGGUUUCCAUAUGGCGGAAUGCUUACUCAUCUUUCAAUGCCUCUGUCAUCUUGAGGUAGGUGUAUACACAUGCUUCUUUACAAACACAAUGGUUGAAGAGAGCAUGGCUUAUUAACAUGUUUGCUAGAAUGCCAGUGUUACUAGACUCAGUGGCUGGCUGCCGUGCCUACAGAUUUCAGUGUAAGCAGUUGAAUACUUGAGUGUUACUAGACUCGAUGGCUGGCUGCCGCGCCUACAGAUUUCAGUGUAAGCAGUUGAACACUUGAGUAUGGGACCUCUAUAAUUGUUAAGAUAGGAUCAUCUACUGCCAACAAUUUAAACGUGCAUAAAUUAGUUGUCCUUGAAUGGUGCUAGCUCCGGCUGUCUGGCAUGAAUGUAAUUCUCCUUUAGCCGAAGAGAUAUGCUUUUGUACGGGCAAAGUGGUUGAAUAGCUCAGCAUGAUCCUUGUAGCACUGGCCGUCAUGCUCGCGCUUGUUGGAAUUCCAGUAAAUGAUGUUACUAGAAUAGGUGGUUGGCUGGUGUGCUACGGAUUUCACAGGAGUGAAAUUUCUUAUGAUGAGCGCUGCACAUGAGCUGAGUAUCUUGUUGAGCUCUGGAUGAAAGAGGAAAGCAAUUAAGUUGGCAUCCUAUUGAAAUGGAAAUGAGAGAAACCAUAUCUUUCUCAGUUCGAUUUAGAUUGUAACAAUGGUACAAAGCAUGUGAAGCGAACCAAAGGAACUAAGAGAUUAUAGCAUUCUUCUCACCAUUGUGGAUUUCAUGAGCAAUCACGAGAAUAUUCAAAGUUGCAUCUGGACUCGGAGAUUUUCUCACUGUGUAGGCGAUAAUCUGAUUCAUUAAUCGCUCCAGAGGAAAGAAGCUGUGGAGAAAUAGAUGAUGGGGAAAGUUGGAGCAGCCCCUGAAAAUUUAGAAACUUUUUUGUUUUUCUGAUUGGUACCUGUUCAGCCAAGUGCGUCGGGGUUCAGUCCCCUCUACACAUCGAGGCCAUGGCACUACAUCACGGGAUGCAAAUGGUGGCUGAUUUGGGGGCAGCUGCUGUGGAAGUGGAGAGUGAUUCCACUCUAGCUGUGGCGGCGCUGCAACAAAAGGAGCAGGAUUAUUGUGUGUUUGGUCUAAUAUAUUUCAUGAUGGCAAGGCUACGCUCUAAUGCAAUUGUUCAUUGUGCUUGCGAGAGACAUGGGAGACCAACAAGGUUGCGCAUAGAAACACUGCAGAGUCACUCGCAGCAUAGGCGAUCAUCUUAUUCAUUAACCGCUCCAGAGGAAGAUUACUCAAACAAAAGCUGCUCUCCACCACUCACCAUCUGGACUAACAAGUUUGAAAUCUUUGGAUCAACACACCUGGCACUCUCGGAAUCCCUGCCCGGAGAAGGACCUCAACAACUAGGCUUUCUUCAACAGCUAUGCAUCAUCUAUUGUCUUGCAUUCCUGCUAGAAGAGGAUUUGCCGCCUCUCUUUCUUUUCUGAGGAUCACCAAAAUGUUUGUGUUGGGAUUUUGGCUCGUUAAAGUUAGUGUCCUCUUUUGUUUAGGAUUGUAUUAGGGAAAUUAAAGGUGCACCGAUUCUUCUCCUAAAAGGACCAGGAAAGAAUCAAAGUUUCCUUGUACAAUUAGAUUGGAAAUCCUAGAAGAUAAUAUAGAAAAUGAAAGAGUGUAAUUUCCUAUUCCAUAUAAAGUAGGAAACUUAAUCAGAAAAUAGGCAUGUAAACCACACCCUAUACUUAUAAAUACGUGCAGCAAGGCUAGGGAAAGCUCGCUGGAAAGCCAGAAACAGCCACUGGCAAGUGAGAAAAGCCAGAGAUAGCCAAGAGGGACAAAGAGAGAUUCGUUCUAGGGUUUUGCAAAAGUAUUGUAACUCUAUUAUUAAUCAAACAAGCUGUGGUUUCUCUAUCCAGAGAAAUCACAACUGGACGUAGGCAAAAGUUCUGCAAAACCAGUAUAAAUCUUAUGUAUUUUCAGUUA